CUGAUGAUGCCUUUGUGAUUACUCAUUCUCAAACUCAAGUGUCUCCCUUUUCUCGUCUCACUCACACACUCUCUCGGUGCAGAGAAGACCCGUUUACAGACUCCGAAAGCUGUUACCUCCAUCUUUCCCGAGAAACGACAUAGGUUGGUGCUGAGUCAACAUUGAGCUCAUCGAUAUCUGAAGCUUUUCUAACGGCUUUGGUUGAUUCUCGUGCACACUUUGAUCAGCUCUAUGUCCGAGAGGAAACUUAACUUUGAUGCACCUCUUCUUUCGACAAGGCAGAUGAAGAAAACAGCAAUGUCUGUGCGCAGAAACAUGGCAAAGAAGCUUACUGAUGAUGAUGAGUCCAAGACAAGUGAAUCUCCUUCCGUUCCUGUUCUUGUCCAAGACACGGACUUAAAUCGAGUUCCGGAAUCUGCCUCUGUCCCUUUCACAUGUCCCGUGGAGAAAGCCAUUGAUGGAAACCUGACAAGAAGACUACAUAGUUCAAAGGGUAAACAGGUUGAAGAAGAAAGUGAUGAUGAUGUAUUCUCUGAUGCCCUUGAUACAUUGUCUCUAAAGCAUAGCAUUAAUGGUAAUGUUGAAGCAACGAAAACGCCAAUGCCAUCAUCCGAGGAUCCUCAGUCUCGGGAUUUCAUGUUGAAUCGUUUCUUACCUGCUGCGAAAUCCAUGACUGUGGAGCAACAACCUCCAUAUGCUUUGAAGCGACAAGCAAUGCCCGUUAUGUAUGAACCAAUAAGACAAAUUAGAGAUAUAUUACCAGCGGAGAAUCGUGCAACUCCUAAAAGGUAUGAGUAUAAUACUACUCCAUCUUAUUAUCAGGACAUAGAUUAUGAAGAAAGCGAUGAAGAUGAAGAUGACGAUGAAGCUUCUGAGUAUCUUUCUAGGAGAGGCUGUGGUAUGUCACCACAACUGUGCUUUAAAAACUCACUUGGCAUGUUGAGCUCAGUGCAUGGUCUUAAAGAGAAACCUUACUCCCUAAGAACCUCAAGCCAUGAUCAAGUGAAGUCAAGCAAGGUCGCUCAACUGAAAUCUCGGUUUCAAUCUGUGAAAAAGCUCGCUCUUGAUUCUAUAUAUAAGCAAAAGGUGGGAAGUAGAGUUCAAUCUCCUAUACAUCCAAGUGUUGGAAAGAAGUUUAACUUUGGAUCUGAACAACUUGAAUCAAACUUGACUACUGCAAGUAUGCCAUCAUCUCCUUACAGACAAAUUGGCUGUAUGUCACCGUAUCGCAGUGUAGGAAACUGUUCCCCUCUUCACCCUGGGACUCGUAAGGAAGCGGAGAUUAUGAGAGCUAACAGGUUGAACAAGCAUAUCAGAAACAAUAGCAAGCCUCAAGACUUGCUCUAUCCAAAAAGUACAAGACUUGACUGGUCUACAAGCUCUAUCAUGGAAAAGACAUUAUAUGUUGACACAGAGAAUUGUCCAAAGACCAGCAACGAUGAGGGUAACUCGAAUGUCAAGAUCUUGCCAGAAACCAUGGAAAUAAUUUCAGAGGAACCAGAAAUGGCGGGAAAGAAACCGAAAGCCGUUCUCGAGCUUCAGGCUCUAGAAACUUUAAGUAUUAGCAGUGGAAUCAAGAAGAUGAAGGCAGAGGAGUUGGAAAAGAAUAACAGUGGCUGUGAUCUGUCUCCACUUGCUCUGCCGACACCCAAAAAGCCUUCUGAUUCUUGGCUUUUCCGUAAUCUGCCUUUAGUAAGCUCGAAGAUACCUUCACGGAGAUAUCUGUUUCAUCCCCAAAAAAAGGAUCUCGAAGAAAACUCCACAAGUGUGACCAAGUGGGAAACUAUAGUCAAGACUUCUUGUAUGCAGAGAGAUCAUAUACGCUAUUCUGAAGAACUGGUUUCUCGUUCAUCUUGUCAAUCCACAACUUAACAGUUUGAAGCUUCCAAAGAUCUGACCCCUGAGAUCAUCAGGUCGAAUUUCGAUUCAGCUCAGUUACAAGUUCAUAGGCGUAAGAAACUCGCUUUUUCUUUUGUGAGCCUUACAAUACUUCACCAGUAACCCCUCAGAUUGAUUUACAUAUGUAGCUAUACUUUCAUAUCUGUCAGUUGCCUACCUUGUUAAUAAGAAGAACAUUUGU